CUGGAAAGUAUGCAUGCAUCUAAUUCUGUAGCAUGUUUAAGCAAAAUCUGGGAGUUCUGGAGAGUGCAUGGGGGCAGGAUAUGGGCCUGAAGCUGUCUUUGAGAUGGGAGCAGGCUUUCAGAGUAAUGGUUCUCUAACUUUUGGUGUUCAGUACUGUCAUGAUCAGUGUGGUGAAUGAUGUGUUUUUGCAUUCUGAGAGGCUAGAGGUACUGCCAGGUUUAAAAAAUUAGAAACGAAAAUGGACAGAAUUAUUUCUGGAGCCAGUAAACGGUGAUGGGAAACUGUUCACGCCAGGCCCAUGACUGAGAGGUUAUGAAAACAAUCUCUUUGCAUUUCUGUUGAGCUCUACGUGUUGUCACCAGAUAAAGUGGUGUGAUUAGCUGAGUUUAAGAGGUAAUUCUGUGUGAAGGUGCAAGAGACAUGCAUUUUCUUUCCUUUCCUCUGAGCUAGUGUGGCACUGAGAUACGCUGCUGCCGUGAAGAGAGAGAAGAGUAAAUAUUGUUGAUGAAGAUUUAGUCAGAGACUAAGCUUUGGAGGAGCCAGAAGAACAUGUUGAUCUUUACAGUGAGAAGUUUUGUGCCAUCAAAUAAGGCAGUUCUGUCUCAAGGCGGUGUUGACUGUUCACGUGUGAUGUGUUAUCAGGCAAAAUUAAACACUGUGUUAUGUCUACCCUGAGCAGCUCACUGCAGAAAUGCUUCCAACACAUCCCCUUCAAGGUUUAGUAACCUGUAAAGCGCUGCCAAGCGCUGGUCAUGCCUUUGCCCUUCUUCACCGCACUUUUUUUUGAUAAUCCAGGUGGUGGAAGGGUGAGAACUGCCGUCGUGCCUAGGGCUGGUGUGUCCAUCAGGUGAGGCCCUGCCCGGGCCCGGGCCCGGGCCUGGGCCUAGGCCGCUGUCCUGACCAGCACCAGGCCAAGCCACGAGGCCCAACAUGAGGGGUGGUGGCCUCCUGGGCUGCCAGCUGCCCCGCCAUCAGGCUUCGGGGUAACGCUGAGCAUUUCUCAUCCCAUUUUGUCUGGCUGGCCUCGCCUCUCUAGCCGGCUGGGUUUGUGGAGGCCGAACGGACUGUUCUCUCCUAUCUCAUGUUUACGUUUCCCUCCAUUUGCAAAGCAGUUUUAGAAAGCCUAACGGGUUUGUUUGACUUCGUAUGUUUUAAUGGGGGGUCAUUCAAACUGCAGGCAAUGCCCUGAGUGCUGCCUCUAGUAUUAGGGAAAAGUAUCAUUAUAAAUUUAAUGUAAUUUUUUUUUCCUCGGUAUGCUUCCCUGUGAGCAUGUAAUUCCAUGCACAUUUCAUUUAAAUGGCAGUUUCAUUCCUAAGUGCCUUGACAAAAAUCCCAUCCCAUGGAUUUAAUUUACUUCCUAGUUUAAUUAUGAUAAAUAGCUGAAGCAAUUAUCUCCAUUAAAGUAGUAGACUCUUAUAAUAUUCUGAUUUUGUACAUUUUCUUUUCCUUUUUUUAAAAGCAGUUAUUAGCAGCUAGUUCCACUAGUUUUUCUGUCGUUGUUUUUCCCCCCCUUACGGUGUAAAAUGAAACUAGAGUUUUUUUCCACUUUCAUUGAGUUGUGCUACUCUCAAGCAGCUGACUUUUUUCUGUGUUGAUAGAAGGUUGCUCUAAAGGGACAGAGCAUUAAGCAAAUCCAGGGCAGUGGCAGUGAAUGAAAUACUAGAGGCGUUAUAUUAUCGUCUAUAUAAAAACAGUUUGCUCUCUCAGAAUUUCAGUAAAAUAGGAAUAGUUUAUAAAUUCUUUGGCAUGUAUAUGAUUGUGCCUCUACUGUUGGAUUCAUUUCUGGAUUCUUACCUGCAAUUUUCCUGCCAAUUUCUGCAGGGAGGAAAUUGAAGUAAGUUAAGGAAUUGGAGUGUCCUACCUAUAGACUUUUUCCUAAAUCUGGUAUUUUGGAUCAUGCGUUGUGAACGGUGGUUUUGAAUCUGUAAAUGUUUGGUAAGAGUAUGCAUUGGGGGAGUGGGUGUUUGCAGGGAAGAAUAUGGUUUAAAGCUGUUCUAAAAUUAGUUAUGUUCUACUUUUGCAUAUCUUGGCUUUUGUUUGUUUGUUUAUUUAUCAAUGACCCUCUGCUUCCUGAAACCAUGGAGCAUAAUUUGUAUCUGUGUAAUACCACAGAGUUGGAAUUAUUCCUAAUUUUUAUUUUUGCAAGCUUGUCAAAAUCUUGUCCCCAAACUUGAAUGUAAAAUAUGUUUUUGUUGUUGUUUGUUUGUUUGUUUUUAAUGUUAAUGAGUAUCAUCUUUUGUAACUUCUGGAGAUGUUUUAUAGUCCUCUGUGUGGUAAAUUUUAUGAUCCUUUGUAUGGUAGUUCAAAUGUCACAUGGUAUAUAUUUAGCAGUUCCAGAAAUUUUGGAACAACAGUUUUUUUGCCAGCACAUUUAAUUAGAAAAAAAUGGUUUCCUAGUUGGAAAAGUAAAAAAAAAAAAAAAAAAAAAAAAAAAAAAAUCAAAAAAGAAAAACAAAGGAAAUUGGAAAGAACUGUUUUCCUAACGCUGCUGACUACUCAGAUUUGUGCUACUCUUUCUUACGGGACCAAGUUUACACGAGUCUUCGGUUUGACAAAUAUAGUAAUAAUCUGUGUUCCAACACAGAUAUGCUGCAAAUCUCAAUCAGGUUAGCUAAUUAAAUUAAAUAUAGCAAAAUGUAUAAUGUUAAUGUUGUCUCAUUCAAGUCAGGAAAGCUUUUGCUGUUGAAAUGUAUUAGGAAAUGCAGGACAGUGUUAGGGAUUUGGGAUGUAGCAACUUUUUUGCAUGUCUCUGACCAUGGAUCAACAGUGAGCUGUGAAUUGCAUGGGCAUCUGAGGUGUUCCCCUUCUGCACCUUCCCAGUCAGAGGGGUUUUGGUCUGUGCCUGCCCGUAGACCUCUGCUGUCCUGGCAGCAGGACGGGGCAGCUGCCUCAAGGUGUUGGGUACAGGCUCCUCUGCUCACACUGCUGCAUUUGGAAAUGUUGCUUUGAGAGACGUGUUAUAAACUUCUCAGGGCUCCAAAACCAGGAAAACUUAAAAGCAAAACCAAAACUAAACUAAAGCUUAUUUUAGCAGGAUGCGGGGAUGCAUGUCUAAGCAUUUAGUUGCAACACUGCAACAACAAGGUUCCAAAAGAAUAAAAUGUAGAGCCGUGCUCCAUCUUGUUUGGAUUAAAGUCCCUUGCUUAGGAUCCUUAAUGUGCGUCACAGCAGAAAGAACAGUUCGCUUGGCAGUAGGAUGUUCUUAGGAUGCUGCUGACUGUAACAAGGCUGUUUUCUGAAGAUCCCAGUUUCAAAAAUGUCCAUGCUGAUUUCACUUCUAAUCUCACUUCAGUGCAGGGCAUUCACUAGCGGGCAACACUUCUUUGAUAUUGAGAGGCUAGCACCUUAAGGUGUCAGGUAAGAUCAAAUCAGUUCCUGCUAAGCUUCUUGCUGGGUCUUGAAUGCUUACCAUGCACUAAGCAGUUUCCAGAAGUUAGCUGCAGCUUCGGCAUGGUAGAGUCUAGUGAGCCUGUGGCUGUGCCCCCUCAUGGCUGUGUUUCUUCAGGGUGCAGGAAGGGCAUACAGAAGGCAAUAGAUUAGAUAAAAAUUAGAUAAAAAGUACAAAUAUGUCUCUUUCUAUGUAGAUUUUUUUUUCUUGCCGUAUGUUCUGAAAGUUCUCAGUACUGCUGUCACUUGGAGACCUUUGAAACUGGCAAGGACAGAGCAGUUGCAAAAAUGCUUUCAGGGACCUUCUUCAGCACUGAUAAAACUGAGCAGACAGUCUUCAUGGCAAUGACCCGUUUCUCCUUGACAUCUGCCACUGCUACGUGAGUACUGUGUGUGUACAUCUACACCUUCCUUUAGUCAAGUUCAGUGAUAUAAUUACUGCAACACAAUGGCUUGUUAAUGCUGAUUCAGGACACAUCCCCUCAGUGUCUCAGACUUUACUCUGAAAAACUGGAAAUGUCAGUACAGAAUUUCUUUCUGCAUAGCUCCUUGGAAAAUAAGAGCCACUGCUUAUCUUCUGCCCAGAUUCAUUUAAAAUUUAUUUUCUGCAUACUUAAUCUUUUACUAAUAAGUACUUUUGGGGAGUGCAUAUAUAUAGAUGCAACUAAACUUGAUGAUUUUAAAAGAGGUAAUGAGUUAUCUGUAGUUGUUGGGGCCCAUCUAAUCUGUACAUGGUGAAUAGUGAAAGAAAACUGUGAUAGACAAUAUAAAAUAGAGCAUUCUCUAUUUUCAUACAUAUGGAAACACAUUCCGUGUUUCUCUUUCCUGCAAGUAGCUGCAGUACCACUUUAUUGCAGGCCAUCUGCUUAGCAGUGUACAUCUGCAUAAAUAUACCACCAUUUUCUGGCAGUAAGACUGAUUUCUUUUGUGAUUUCAAUGGCACACAAAGAAUUGUCUGCUUCUUACUUCUGUUUGCCAUAGCUUUCUUUUUUCCAGAGAAUUCAUUUUCUUCACUGCAAGCAUACGAGUCUUUUUUUUUUUUAGUGAUGUAAUUGAAGUAGAUUUAAAUUUUGUCCUGCUGUUUAAAAGGCCGAUAAAGACUUUUGUUGCAUUUAUUGCCUCAGAGAACACGUUGGAAGCCGUUUUUAUCUUGGAAGAACAUUUCCAUGACCAAUUUACAUUGUACUUCAGGGAAGGAAGUGAAGGAGACCGGCCAGGUUAAAUUUUAUUUCAAAAUACAGUCAGACUUCAAAUUAAUUCCUCCCAUGUAUUUCAAAGGCCUGGGAAAUCAAUGGGUUCUAUUAAUAAAUUCCUUUUUUGUCUUUGUUUUUAAUGCAAGUUUAUUUGCAACUCAAAGAUUAAUUAAUUCUGUCUCUAGCUGUUUAUCAUGCAAUGCAGCAGAAGGAUAAAAGGGAUUUUUUCCCCAUGUUCUAGCUUCUACUUCACAGGCCUUUAUGUAUUCACUUAGUACGGUUCUUGUUGCGCUGACCAUGGUGCAUUUAUUCUCGUUUCGGUAGCAGCCAAGCACCAGCUCCACAGAGACCGGGGGUCUGACUCCCAGCCUGGGGGCUCCAUGCCCCAAAUUUUGCUUGCUGCCCUGCUCGGGGAAGCAGACAGGUGAGUUGGCAAGACCCACGAUGCGGCCGGCAGACAUCCCUCAGCUGCCCAUGUGGAUGUUACGGGGCGUGGGGUCCGUCUGGUGCUCCCCUUAAUGAGACUCAGCAUCUGUGCUUUUCCUUAAGGGUCUGUCCCAUAAGGAGCGUGGCGUCAACCCAAAGAUGAAGUUUUCAGCCUUUCUGAGGAGCAUGGGGGGCACUCAGUCAAGCAGAAGGUGCCUACAACAUUGGGGGGGAAUGGGGAGAGCAGGGGAGGAGGUUCCUCUGGUGGAGAGAGGCUGGCAGCAGAGGUUGCAGGGGCCUGCAGACAUAUCUCUGCCUGCAGGAUUGGGUGUAUCUGUGGAAACAGGUGGGUUAUAAAGCAAUUGUGUAACAAAUGCUUAUGUUGUCCUUAAACUGGCUUAUUUCAUAAAAUGAAUCCUCACGUGAACCAAGAGAGAAGAUUGUUCCGUUCCAUUUUCAUCACCACAGCUUUUCCUUUAUCCCAGUGGGAAAUAAAACUAGGAUCCUGUCUUCGGCUGCUCUAUUACUGAAAUGCUGACUGUCCUCUGAUGGACACCUUCCCCCAGGUGGCGCGUUAGCCUCCCUUCUCAGGGCUGUGAACCCCUCAGGGAGGCUUUGCCCGCUGUGGUCUUUUAACAGCUCAUUUCUGCUAAUUUGUGACAAGGGCCAGGGAGGCUGGAUUUGCUGCUUAGGCACUCGAUGUCUCUCACUGGGUGGUCUGGAUCCUUCUGGCCGGGCUGGGGGACUCAGUACCACGUGUGGGCACUCUUGCUCUGGCUGUAGGGGCAGUGUUAGUCUGAGAUCUGGUUUUGGUAGUGGUAACUGAAGUAAAUAAAAUUGCAAAGUCUCUUCCAACUUGUUCUGGCAGUGAGCUGCUGUGUCUGAGGGAUCAUCGCUUUGUUGUACUGUUUCUGUCCCUACCUUGGCUUUUUUUCACUUUAGACAAAGGUGUUUCAAUGUGUCUGUACCUGCUACAGUAAUGCCAGAUCAGAGCACAGCAAGGUCAGCUGAACUAGAUUUCACCACUCUGGCUUUUUGGCAGGAACAUCAGGUAAUGCCCUUGCACCCACGUCUGUAGCACAGGGAGCUGGUGGCUCUUCAUCCCUCCAGCCCUUCAUACCCUGCUUUGGGCACACUGGGCUCAGGCUAGUUAAACUUACAUACAGGUUGCAAAGUGCAUUGUCUUCUCCUCUUUGUCACAAUUAUAGGGGGAGAUGUGGGUGGGAUCGCUGUGUUCCUAGGUGUUUUUGUUUUAUUUUAUUUAUUCUUUUUACAGCAGGAUUUCUGAUUUGCUUGGCUUAGCAUCAACACAUGGAACAGACAGGCCCUUUGUUGAGGUGAAGGAGUCAGUUGCAGGACAAGCAUUUAUCAUCUCUUCUGCUUCCUCUGUCAGUGCUGCAGCCAUCAGGCUGGGUUUUACAUGGAAAGCAUUGAAGAUGCUUGUGUUCUGUUUCAUCAAUUAAUCUGCAGUAGGAAAAAUAAUAGUCCUUGUUCUUCAGUUUUGUUGUUAGCCUUCCCUUUCACUUUGCCAUCUUGAAGGCAUGUUUGUGUCUGGUGCCCCUAAGACAUGCAGAGAUAAGACAUGCAGAUUGCUUUGCCUUGGCGCUGGUGCAGCCUCCCAGGGUGGCUGGGAGUUGCCCCGUGUCUGCAGGUUGUGUCAGCGCUGCUGGGCUGGAGGAGCUGGAGGUGCCUGCUUGCUAUGUGCUGCUUCAGACCGCUGGAGGAUCUGCUUAAAAGUAGUCACUCAUAUUGUGGUACCUCCGUGCUUUGUCACAACCUAAACCACACUAAAAGAGGUAAUGGAGUGCUGUGCCUCACUACAAUGCAUGCUACGGUCAUUGUCUUAAAAUGCUGCGGCGUUUAUCUCGCAUUAGAGAAAUAGGGUUUCAAUUAAGUGAAAAAGUAAAUAAAGCUUAUGCAUGUUCUGCUGUAAAUUUUUAUGUUUUAUAUUGCCUGCCUAUUGGCUGCUGUGUGUGGUAAUCUUCCAUGAGUGGAAGAACAACGUGCUUUAGGUAAGAGUAUUUCUAAGGUUAAAGGAUAUGUUGUUGUUCGUGUCUAUUUUUCAUGGAACAAUAAUUGGCAAACUGAAUGCCUUGCUAAAAAACAGUAGUAAUUCUAGUAUGCACUGAAAUUAGUGGCAUGUGGACCUAGACAGAAAGAGAGCUGUUUCUGGAGGCUCUCCACAGUCAAUGUUGAGCGCUCUUAGCUUUUCUUCCUACCUCAGCUGGGACUGUACAACUCUGAGUUUAGUCUGUAGCUGUGCUAUGUUGUGUGUUCUGAAUAUUUUUUGCUACCCAUACGCAGCUCUGAGGUGUGUAUUUUAUAUAGUCACUCUGUUUGCUGGUGUUCACAGAAAUAACACUGAGGGUGCUGCUUAUUCAAAUCCCCAAAAAAAUGUGCUUAGGACAAACCUUGAACAAACACUGACUUCCUCUGGCCACAGCAGCCCUGUGCUGAACCAAUAUUACUUGAGCGAAAGUACAGAAGUGGAGCUACGGCUUUCCCUGUGUAAAUGAACAGGCUGUGUGGCUGCACAGGAGGGCUUUUGUGUUGUGUUUGGUCUGUGAUACAGGUCUUGUCAACUGUCCUGCGGGGCUCUCUCGUCUUUUAUGAAAGGUAGGUCUUCUGAACAUAGGAGUGUAUUGGAUUGCUGGUAUUUUCUUGCAAAAACUGAACUUUCAAAGCUAUAGUAAAAGAGAAGGAUCAGUAUUUUCUUACCAAUGCCUUAAAAAAGCCCUGCUGCUUUAAAUUCAGUUCAGUUCCAGAUUUGGCUUGCAGUAUAUAGAAUGUACUAAGGAGACGAGCUGUUCUUCAGGAGAAGUCAAACAAAUCGAGCUAAUCCCCUGCCCUAAGGAAAUACCUCCAAAAUCUCACUCUCCUCAGAGCAGUAAGCAGAGGGGCUGAAAAGGGAACUCUAGUGAAUUUAUUACAAUCUCUAGUGGCAUCAUCUUAUAAAAAUCAAACUGUUACUCUCAAGACUCGAGCACUAGGAGACCAUCCUAUGUGACUUCUUUCACAUUCAUUGAAAUAGGAGCUGCAGUUGUUUAAGUAUACAAAUCUGAUUUUUUAUUGCUUUUCUGAAAGACAGGCGUAAUAAAACAGAGCAAGUUGCAAAGCACCGUGCCAGUAGCUCUGUUCUAGCUGCUGGUACUCUUCCACGUGUUCCAUUCAAAGCUCCUUAAAAACAGGUCACUUUUAUUUGCCUGCCAAGGUAGGACUUCAGGUUCCAAAGUCUGUAUCUCCACUGAUCUCUUUUUCGUUUUAUCCUUUUCCAUUUCAUCCUAAAUUUCCUCAGGUCUGUGAUGCAGGAUUUAAAGUGAGCCUUCAGCUGAAGUCUGAGGGCAUUUAGCACUUCUCAGAACAGGACCAGAACAUCAGUACCCGGAAAUACUUGAACAAAAAGGUCAAACAAGCAGUGUUGGGACAUGUCUUAAAGGCUUGACAAGUCUUACUCACUACAGCUUGUGUUGCUUUUCGUAGUGUGUUGUUCAGUUUGUUUGUUUGUUUAUUUUCUUUUUGCUUGUUCAAUUUGUUUUUUAAAGUAAUGAAUAAUUUGGGCAGAUAUAUAAUAAGGUUUUACAGCCAUACUGAAGACGAAAAAGUUAAAUUAUUGUCCUUAAUUGUAUUUGAAUGACUUCUGUUUUCCUAGUUUAUUUCUCCUCUCCUGGAAUUACUGUUUUCUUUUACAGACAGUGCCCUUUUCUAUCAUGUCAGGGUGGAUUUUACUGGUCUAGGUUACAGUAAGGAACCUAGGCCAGAAAUAGAUGGUAUAUAUUCUGCCAACUCCAGGAAUACUGAAAUAGCUCGUCUUAAAAGACAGGGGAAACCUAGCCAGUUGGCUACGUGCCAGGAGAUUGCCAGGCUGACAGUGGGACGCCUGGAAGGGGGGAGAUCGAUGGUAGGCAGUGCUCUAAAAAGGAGCACGUUGGGCCCCAGUAAGAAUUUGGCAGGGGCAAGUUCUGAAAGAGCCCUGUGCUAAUGCCUUAAUGCAGUUUUGCCCUUCUCUUAACACCCCAUCUCACAAGGUCCUGGCAUUCCCUUGCAGUGUUUCUGCCACUCUGGUACUGAACUUUCAUGUAGCCCAUGCUGGCUGCCUUCUCUUUGCCCUUGCUAAAUGUAUUCAGGAGGGAUCGUAUGGGUCUGUUUGAAGGAAAUCCUUCUUGAGCACUCAGCCCUUUCCAUACAGCCAGUUAACUGCAAAGGCCCUGAUGAUUUUUGCAGAACAUGGUCUUUAGUGGUGUGACUUCUAAUGCUGAAUAGGCUGAUAUUCACGAGAAUCAGCUAUCCAGAGUAUCCUUUUUCAGACUUUCUAAAAUUUUAGUCACUGUGGUUGAGUAGUUUCCAAAAGCCUUGCUCUGACAGAGUACUGUCCACAAUAACAGCUGUGAAAUGUGGUUGAGGUUCAUCAAACAAGCUUUUUGUUACCUAAAAUGUGCUUAGAAUUGUGAAAUGGAACAGGUUAAAACAGAAAACAGCUAUAGGCCAGAAUUCAGGUGAUCCUACAAGAAGUUGACAGUUCCCCAAAUGGAAAAGGAGAACAAAUACGUACUGUGAGGUUUGGGUUUCGGUGUUUGUUUCUUUUUUAUUUUUGCUAGGGAGUCCUCCACACAGGUGUUUCUUCUCUGGUGCCAAAUAAGAGAGUCAGAGGCCAGCUGUGGUGCUAACGGAGGCUGGGCGGAUGAGAGAACCCGGACGGCUUCAUUCAGUUUCCUCUGUCUCUGCUUUACUGACAUUUUCAGGCUUUGGCACAUAGUGAUGGCAUACAUACAGCAUUUGUCAGGGUUUAGACUCUACUUAGAUCUAGAGAAUUCAACAUCAAUAUAUUAGAAUGCUCUGCCUUGAAGUUUGAGCAGCGUUUACAGGCUGUUUGCUUCCCAGCCUUUUUCUCUGCACUCCAUGUUUCUGAUGAUCUGGCACCAGAUCUAAUUGAUUAUAUAUUACUAUUUUACACGUUUAUUGUCAGCCAUGAAAACAGCCUUCUCCCUUGCAGCUGCCUGAUAUGUAACCUUCAAACAGGAUUCAGAUCUUACUAAGAAGAGCCCAAAGGCACAUCACAAAACACAAACUUCUUGCUCCGCUGCAGUUGUGAGCUCUGCCAGGGGUAAGCGUGUUGCGGGGCCAGGCAGGCAGCAAGCAGCAGCCUGCGCCUCAGGGAGGAGAGGUGCAGGGAUGAGGAGCCCUCCCGAGCUGUGAAGGCGAGGAGCAGCGUGGAGGCUCUUUGUCCGUGCAGCCAGAGCACGGGAAGGUGAGGGGACACGCCACAGCCAGUGUGUGCGUUUCUGGGCGGACAGCUAGAAGCAGAGCCACUCUUUCCAGUCUUCGCUGCAGAGCGCUGCUUAACAAGUGCAGGUGAAUGCUUUCGUGCCACUCUGGUUCCCAUUUAAUGACAGAUGUUGUCAGCUUCCUUUUUCUUCACCCUUCUGUGGUGCCUUUGGCCUCUCCUCCUCCUGUCAGGGUUUGGAGACCAGCUCCACCUGGCGUUGUCACAGACCCUCUUUCAUUGUAAUGCCGUAGGUGACUGUCUGCCUUCCCAAUCCUCCACAUGUGGAAUUACUGGUGCAGUGCUCCCUCUGAGUCCCAUGAAUCCUUGUAUGACAGCAGUGGAGUGUCCCCUGUGCCCAUCAGUCAUGCUGUGCUGCAGGCUGGGAGCAGGAGAGGAACACCAUGCGUCUGGCAAAAAUUUGAGAAGGCUCAAGGCGUUAAAGAAAGCUCAUCUAAAUAAAGGCGGGUUAAAGUGACAUUGCAGUUACCUAAUCCUGUAUUGUCCUGCCAUGUGACUCCGGUGAUACCGAGGCGCAGCGUUUCUUUUGCCUGGUGCACAGAUUAUGCUUUUCCUGUCAUCUUCCAAGAUCAGUCGCUUUGUUAAACUAGCGAUGGGAAGGAAACAGAGGAGCAACAGACUAUUUACAGCAAGGCUUCGAGGCAGUCAUUUCCAAGGCACAGUGACAAGCUCACAGGCUGAAGAAUGAAUCAAAAUAAAACCCUGCAUUCAGCUUUUGGACUGGUACCAGAGUCAAGAGCUACGCUCUUAAGGUCAGCUAUUCAAAAUGAACUGGAAGCAUCUGGGUUUAUUCAGGGCAGUUAAUCAGCUAUUUGUUUGACCUUUUUCUAUCAAGUUAGUUUUCAAAUCAGCGAGCUAAAGCCUGAAAAUUUGUGUCAAAUAUUUUGCAUUUGUGUCAAAGGUACUAUAUAGAACGUGAGCAACUCGCCACUCUUGUGCAUAAAGCUUAGUGUUUCAAUUGCAAAGCCUCUUUUAUCUUGUAGAUGAAGAUCCUGACACGGUAAAUCUGUUAGUGGGAGAUGGACAUAAAUAGCUCUAAGUUUUGUCCCCAAUUUUGGACAAAAUUGCAACAUGUAAAUACAGAAGAUUUGUUUUUAAGGUAAUUUCCGGACUAGUCUUUGGACUUUUGAUAAGCAGCUUUUUUUUUUUUUCUUCUGUUUGUCACCAUGUCCAUUACAUGUGGGAUUGUAUAUUCAUGAGAAUUAUUUCACUUCAUUAAACUGCUUAUUGAGGCAUUUUGUUAAAUGGGGAAGUGAUCAUCCUACAGACUAUGACAACAGGAUAUGUGAAUGGAGGAGGUCUUGGAAAACUCCGCUAUGCCAGGUGGAAUCGUGAGGACAGCGGAGAGGACUACGGGCGUGAGGAGUGCUGUGGAGGAGACGAAGAGGGCAGGCAGCAGAGGCUGACCCCAUUUGAGAAACUAAUGCAGGAUAUGUCCCAGAAUGAAAAAGUGGUGAAAGAAUUAACCUUGGGAAAGAGAAUUGGCCUCUAUCGAGUCAGAGGAGAAAUAGGAAGUGGGAAUUUCUCACAGGUGAAACUUGGAAUUCAUUCCCUGACCAAAGAGAAAGUAGCUAUUAAGAUUUUAGACAAGACAAAACUAGACCAGAAGACUCAACGUUUGCUGUCUCGUGAGAUAUCCAACAUGGAAAAACUGCACCACCCAAAUAUCAUCAGACUGUAUGAAGUAGUGGAGACGCUCUCAAAACUGCACCUGGUGAUGGAGUAUGCAGGAGGUGGGGAGCUCUUCACUAAAAUCACUACAGAAGGGAAGCUAUUAGAAACAGAGUGUAAAAUAAUCUUCUCCCAGAUUGUCUCUGCUGUGAAGCACAUGCAUGAGAAUAAUAUCAUUCACCGGGACUUGAAAGCAGAAAAUGUUUUCUACACCAGUAACACCUGUGUUAAGGUGGGAGACUUUGGUUUCAGCACCAUCAGUAAGAGAGAUGAAACUUUAAAUACUUUUUGUGGUUCCCCUCCUUAUGCUGCCCCUGAACUCUUCCGAGAUGAAAACUAUGUCGGCAUUUAUGUUGACAUCUGGGCACUAGGAAUCCUGUUAUACUUCAUGAUGACAGGUAUCAUGCCAUUUCGAGCAGAUACAGUGGCCAAACUGAAAAAGUGCAUUCUUGAAGGGACAUAUAGUUUGCCUGCCUCCCUCUCAGAGCCUUGCCAGAAACUGAUAAAAGGAGUCCUUCAGCCAGUACCAACAGAACGAUACUCUGUCAAACUUAUUAUGAACAGUGAAUGGAUGCAGGGGAUACAAUACCCUAAGCCUUUACAGCCAUUUAAACUGGAUCCAAAGUAUUUGUCUGAGAUUAGUACACUCAAAGAGGAAGAAAUUGAAGUGAAAAACACUCUGAAAGAUCUGGGAAUCACAGAAGAACACAUUCAAAAUAACCGGGGAAGAGACGCACGCAGCUCAAUAACAGGUGUCUACAGAAUUGUUUUACACAAAGUACAGAAGAAAAGGGCGCUUGAGUGUGUCCCUAUAAUGUCCUGUCCAGAUCCCAAAGAACAAGACUUGAAGAAAGGAAUCAACUCUUACAGUGGGAUGAAGUACACAUCGAAGCUGUGUUCUGUUUUGUAAACUGCACUGCAGGCUUUAUACUCGGCACACUUAACAAAGGGUUUUAUUCACUUUUCCCAAGCUUUGGUGUUAACAUUUUUUUUGUAACUUUUAAAUAAACCAAAUACGCCUCAUCUCCUUUGUAUUUCUCAGUUCAAACUUGGAGUGCUCAAAUGCAGAGCUCUAAUGUGCUUGGUUUUCCCUUUGCUCCAGGGGCAUGGUCUAGCCAGUGCAAGAACUCAGGUAAAACAGGUACGAGAUAAAUAGUGGAAGUGAUCUUUUAAUAAAGAUCAAAUAAUACUGCCCUUAACAUGCCUGGGAGAUCUCUAAGCACACACAUUACAACUGACUUCUCAGAAAGUUACCUUAGCUUGACAAAACUCUGCCACUGCAGACCAGAACAGUUUUCACAGAGAACUGUCAAUCCACAAACAACUGUAAAUUCUUUAAAAAAAUCUUCUUAAAAAUUAUUCAGCAAAUUAAACAUAAAAAGUAAUUAGAGCUUUAAAAAAGAAAAGAAAAAUAACUGUAGAAAGGACAAGGCUGUUGUUGACAGCAGUUCCUGAUUUGUCAAAAUUCAGAAAGGCAAAUUCAGAUAUGCUACUCUAACCCUGCAGGUGUGGUUGCAAUUUUCAGUGCAUAACUGGUUGGGCUGCCAUCUAACCUUCUGACACGUUCCAAUAUUUGUAUGAUUCUCACAGUCCACAACCGCUUAGAACCCAGCUGCACUCCAAUAACGAAACAAACAUAAGCAUACUCCAAAACUCGUGUACUUUUACAUUCUUGCUUUAGCACUGGGCAUCCCUAGGUAAGCUGAGCGCUGUGGAUACUUAGGUCUGUUUUCAUACUGAGUAUUUCAGGUUUGUACUAACUUCUGCGAUAAUACUUUGACAACAGAGGCUGGUGAAAAACUGAUUUUGAUAUUCAUGAAGUUAGAAAAAUAGGAAUUGUCAGGUUUCCGAGUGUCACCAAGAUGUACGUACUCCUACCUUCAGCUUUAAUCAGGCAUUUUAAUCAGCAACACCAGCAGCUCAGAUGUAAAUGGGUAGUAGCUGUCCUCUUGAACAGGCACAGUUGAAAUGCCCACGCUGACAGGUAGAGCCUGUAUGAUUUUAGUUAAGACAGGUAAACUAAUGCAACGUUUAGAGAGGUACAGUUGGCGAUGUCAAAUUUAAAGGCAGGAUGCCUUAUCUAUUAUUAGGGCCAAUUAGAUGAAGAUGAUCUGUUGACCUUAAAAAGAGUAGUUAAUGUAAAUGAGCAACAGAAUGACUCUGAAAAGCCACCCAUGGAAAACUGUGCUCAACAAGACCCAGGUAAGCAAAAAGCAAGAACUGAUCCCCUUUCAUGGUGUAUGUGAGAAGGAAAUAAAGCAAUGCUGUUGUUCCUAAGACAGUAGUAACACUGAUUGUACUUUAUAAGCUGGGAAUGAAUUCCUCCACAACAGAAAGUUUCCAUCUGAAAACAUGUAAGUUACCUUGAAACACAGCCCUGAAAUAGUGAUUUCCCACCAACCUUGACAACCCUUUCUUCCAUUUGUGUAAUGGAAUGAUAUCCAGGAGAAAGAUCCAGGAGGCCCACACAGCUUGUGACCCCCCCAGUUCGGGUUUUCACAAGGCCAGUUUCCCCUUUCUUUCCUGUUAAGGAUAAAAUGCAUCCUGAAAACUCAACAAGUCAGCACUACUCCAGCAGGUUUCAAAUAUCUCAAACUUUAUUUUAAUAAGGGAUCAGCCUCACAGACAGUGAGGGUCUGUGGUUAACUUUUUGUGCCAGUAGCUCAAUUCUUGGCUUGUCCACUGCCAGCAAUGGACUUUGUUCUAUGGCAAUUUUUUUUCUGGUGCCAAUACAAGUUUCAUGAGGGCAACCUAAACCAAAAUGCUUGCAAACACUAUCUUCAUGCAUCACUGCUCCAUAACUUUCAGCAGAACAAACAGAUUAGUAUCCAUCAAUUUAUAAUAAACAUCUAUUUUACCAAGGCUUGACUGUACAAAUACAGCAAGUUACCAAAUCCUAGUGAGUGACAGAUAAUACAAACACUUCGUUACACAAAAAAGAUCGUGAUUUAAACAGAUGAAUCAUUUCUUGCUACUUUAUAUGAGAUAAUGUAGCUUUGUAGAAUUAGCAAAGAAAUAAAAUUCAACAAAACUUCAUUCUGUACAUUAGCUCAAUUAAAUAUAUAAUACAAGCUUACAAGGCUCAUGUCAUAGUUCAUUACCAAUCUGGGCUUUAAAAAGCUACCAGAAUGGAAUCCCCAUUAGAACUGUGUAUCUACCACUUGCAAAAAUGGAUAGCUUGCAUACUGG